AUGUCGAUCCCGCGACUGGAACUUCAGGCAGCAGUAUUGGGCACGAGACUGAUGGACACCGUCAAGCAAGAGCACGGUGUGGCGAUCAGAAGCUGCGUAUUAUGGACGGACUCUAAGACUGUGUUGCACUGGAUAAGCAGCACCCACCGGAGAUACAAACAGUUCGUCGGUAAUAGAGUGGCGGAGAUCUUGGAAUCCACGGAGGCGUCCCAGUGGAGAUGGAUUCCGUCUGGCGAAAACGUGGCAGACGACGCGACGAGGCCGCGCAAGGCCGUGGACCUGAGCAUCGGUUCGAGAUGGCUAAGCGGUCCACCAUUUCUACGAGAACCAGAGGAGAGCUGGCCAAGAUCAAGCGAGGGGUGGAUCCCUCCGACGCCCGACGAAGAGGAAAUGAAAUGUGAGUUUGCUUUGGUCAUGGUAAAUUUCAUAUCCCUGCAGAGAUUCUCGAACUACAAUCGACUGUUGAGGAGCAUCGCAUGGGUGCUCAGAUUUAUUUGUGGGUGCCGUGGACUACGAUACGAUGGAGAGGAUCACGGACUGACGGCGAUGGAGUGCGCUGAAGCUGAGCGCGCACUAGUACGGCAAUCGCAGCGGGAAGCGUUUGCUGAGAACGACCAAGGGAAGGCCACCAAGGGCAGCCGAUUGCAUGGAAUGUCCCCAUACUUCGACGAGGACGGAGUAAUGCGAGCCAGCGGAAGGAUCGACGACGCGACGUGUGUGCCAUACAGCGCACGUCGACCGAUCAUACUGUGUCACGAUGAGGCACUGGCGGAGAUGAUCGUGCAGCAUCACCACGAGAGGAUGUGCCACCAAAACACGCAGGCAACCAUCGGAGCGAUCCGGCAGAAGUUCUGGAUUACGAACUUACGGAGGCUGCUACGAAGGGUGGUGAGCAAAUGCAACGUUUGCAAGCUGCGAAGGGCACGACCAACUCAGCCCGAGAUGGGUCCCCUUCCAGAGGACCGGCUGGAGGCCAACGGAUGGCCCUUUAAGUUCACCGUGCAGUGCGUGAAGAAGGUGCUGGCGCACACGAUGAAAGAACUUGCGCCCAAGGAGCACGUACAGGAGAACCCGCUGAUUGAGGCGGAGAGCAUAGUGAACUCUCCUCCGCUCACUCAUCUACCUACGGUGGACCAAGGCUCCACUAACACCCAACGACUUGCUGAAGGGAGCACCCGAUGUCCCAAAUCUUCCCAAGGAUGA